AUGUUUACUACUUCGAGCUCCCAGGCCGUUGAGAAAAUCAAUAUCGUUGACGAUGAGCGUGUGCAGCGCCGCGAGGUGACUAUUAAUGGGAAAACUUAUGGAUACCUUCUCGCUGAACCGAAGGGUGGAUUCAGUCGCACUGUUCUCCUGAUCCACGGAUUCCCCGAUCUGGCUGUCACCUGGAAGAGCGUGAUUCCUCUCCUGUUGAAAUUCGGCUUCCGAGACGCCCCGACCGACUCUCUCACCCCAUACACCUACAAGUCCCAGGCCGACGACUUCGUCGAGCUCGCCAAGCAGCUCGGCAGCGAGAACCUCAUCGUCGGUGGCCACGACUGGGGCGCCGUGAUCGCCUACCGCGUCGCACUCUGGCACCCCACCUUCGUCACGCACCUCUUCACCUUCGCGAUCCCCUACAUCCCACCGUCCCCGAAAUGGCUCGAAACCUCAGAGAUGCUGAAGAUGUUCCCCUCGCUGGGCUACCAACUGCAGUUCGGCAGCGACGAGGGGAUAAUCGAGUCCUCCGCUAAGGAUAAGGCCGGGAUCCGCGCGUUCUUGAAUACCUUGUACGGCGGUACGACGUCGGACGGGAAGUAUGCGAUUGAUGUCACGAAGGGGGUGGAUUUGGAGUUGGCGACUCAGUUGAACCAUACACGGUUGUUGGCGCCGGAGGAGUUGGAUUAUUAUGUUGAGGUUUAUGCGAGGAAUGGGCUGAGGGGUCCCUGCAACUACUACCGCACACGCCAAGCCAACUUCAACGACGAGCAAGUCUUCGCCGAAAAUCCAUCCGCCAUCGUCCUGAAAUGCCCGACUCUCUUCGUCCGCGCAUCAACCGACGCAGUCGUCUCGGACCAAAUGGUUGGCAUGAUGGAAAAGACGGUGCCGAAUCUGACCAUGAAGGAAGUCCAGGCAGGACACUGGGUGCCGUGGCAGAAGCCCGCCGAGGUGAACGAAAUCCUGACGGAGUGGAUGCGCCAGCAGGGAUUGGUGGCUAGGGAUUCUUAG